ACGUGGAGUAAAUUUUUCCACGAGAGACUAACUUCUGCUGUGUGAAUAUUCACCGUGUUUGAACGGUUCGUCUUGUACGAGGAGGGAGACUGAUCACCAGCGUGGAUUUCUGGAAAUUUACCUGGAAAAGUGAAAUCAAGUUUUCCAGAAGAGCGCAACACAGUAUCCUUGUGAUUCCAUGACCAGCCUGGCAGAUCGGAUAUAGAAGGAUGGACCAAGAUUAUGCUGGACUAACUGAGGCUUUCAAGGAGUAGAAGACAGAAGAUCUCUGGGAUCAGUGGAGAUGGAUGAUGAGGACAUUUUCGGUCUCAAAGACAGAGGCAAAAUCAUCGCAGACACAGUAUGGCAAUGGCGAAUUUUGCAUGCAGAGAAAUAUUCAACACAUCCAGAUCCAUUCUUUUACAGUAAUAAAAUUGGACUGAAUUUUAAUGUUGCCUCCAGCUCUCACCCAAAACUGAAUUCACCAUUUGUGCCAAAUGGCGUCAUACUUGAGGUGUGUGAAUUUGCUCGAACAAUCAUCAAGAGUCGCAUGCACUUCAUCCCAAACAUUCUGGAAAACAAUUUUGAUCUUGGAUUUGAAAAUGAUCAACAGCGGAUGGAUUUCACUGCUCAAAUUCAGCACAAGCUGGAAGACUUGAUCCGAAAACCUGUCACAGAUGAAAAUGAAGUUUUUGCUCUUUUCGACACCUGGAAGACAGAAUGUAGCAAUAAUGGACUGAACAAGGCAACAAGGACACACAAACCUCAGAGUUUCUUCAUGGAAAUUGAGAAUAUAAGUGAACUUGAACAAUUAUUGAAAUUUUCCUCGGAAAAAGAGACAAAGAAAAAGAGACAGAAAAAGAUACCAACAUCACACACUGAUGGCGGUGAUCAGAAAGAUAUGAAAGAAGUCCUCAGUGAGGACAUUCCUUUGUUGUUGUUCCCUUCUUGUGAAAACAUUGGUUUGAACCUUGGCACGGGGACUAAACAAAGUCUUGAUCCAGGCUUGUUAACAAAGAGAGUGAUGUUGGAGUUGUUGGAUUUUGCACGAGUCUUGACUGCCUCCUUCACCUCCAUUGUCGUCAGUGUGUUGGAGCAUAAUUUUGAGCUUGAUCUGAAAAGUCAUCAGAGAAGGAAUGAAAUGUGGUUGUUGAUAUCACAGAUGCUAAAAAGGGGGAAACAAAUGGCCGCCAGUAACACAAACUUCAUCCCAGAGUUUGAAAAUGAGCCAUUUUUCUUUGAGAGAAACCCAUUAAAGAGAGCCUACGUACCAGCACUGUCUACAGUGGAAACCCUUCUGUCAGAAGAGACAAAGAGACAAAAGCUGGACUUCAGUACUUCUCAGGAACAGAUGCCUCCUUCAGUCACAAAGUUCAUCAUGAAGAAGGACCAAGGACAACUGGAUGAAAAUGUAAACGGGAAAAGUCUCUCUCACAACACUGAGUUGUGUUCAGGUACAGAAGAGGAACAUGAGCAAUGCCACAUGUGCCCUGUGGAGAACGAUGCAGAUUCAGAAAGUAGUGGUGUGCAAAACUCAACUGGCUGUGACAUGUCUACAGAAUCAUUAAGUAGGUUGAGUAAACAGUCUCAUGCCACCACUGAUGGUUCAUGUAAUUCAUCCACAUUGAACAAAGAUCUUACCCCACCAUCUAACUUCCAGCCAAAGAAAACUCUGGUGCAAGGCAAUGGUGAGACACAGAUUCCAACAAAUGUACCAAAUGACUGCGGCAUCGACCAAGAAAGAGAAAUAGAUUACAAUUUGUGGAAACUGCGUGCCAGUCGCGUAAACCAAAUUCUCCUGACACUGGACAAAGACCAAUCUCGAUUCAUUUCUGUGAGGAAUCUCGGUGUCGAGUUUGAUGUUGGGUUUGGACCCAAACAGCAUCUUAGUCUUGAUGAUUUGACAAGUCCAGUUCUUUUUGAACUUGCACAAUUUGCAUUAGCCAUGAAUUCAUCCCAGCAGGAAUUCAUCCUGGAGAUUCUUGAGAACAACUUUGACUUGUGCCUGCAAAGUGAACGCCAUCAAAAAACCUUCAUGUGUGAAGUCAUGAAGCGAGUAAGAGAACUUCAAAAAUGUGAGGAUGUGGUCAGAUUCUCCAAAGAAGCUUUUGAACUUCCAGUUUCAGUGUCACCUGUUGACAAAAUGGAUCUUAAUCCUUUCUGUAAGGACAUUGGUCUGAGGCUUCAAGUUCAAUGCAGGCAUUCAACUGGAAAACUUGCCAUCAAUAAACUGACCAAAGGAGCAAUGACUGAAGUUGUGAAUUUUGCAGAAAAAUUGUGUGGAACCUUUGAAGAGAUCUGCAUGGAUGUGCUCAGACACAACUUUGACUUGCAAAGUAUGGAUUCUUACCUUGCAACAACAAUUUUUGCUCAAAUCGCUGUUGUAAGUAAACUGAAGAAUCUAUCAGAUAACUUCUCUUGCAGAAUAAUGAAACAUUCCAUAACAGAUCCUUCAAUACUCAUGUAUGGAAGAAAGCCCAGUGACACAGAAGCACAAAAUAACCUCAACUUGUUAUUGUGGAUGCUGCGAGAACAUCGUGUUAAACAAAUCCUUUCAGUGCCUCAUGGAGAUCAGUGUCCGUUUUAUUCUUACUCCACAUGUAAGAAUGUAGGCCUUGAUUUUAAUGUGGGGUCUGGAGUAAAACGUAACCUUGAUCCAAAAUGCUUAACAAAUGGCAUCAUGGUUGAACUUGCCACUUUUGCCAAGACACUGCAGUUAUCUGAAAAGGAUUUCAUAACUGAGAUUCUGGAGUUUAAUUUUGAUCUAAAUUUCAACAACGAACUUCAUCGCAGUGCUUUUACAAAACAACUGAGCGCAGACAUUUUUCAGCUCAUUUCAACAAACAAGAAAUUCCCACUGAAGAACAAACGGCAACAGUUUGAGCUCCCUGACUUGAGAUGUUUAGAAGAAUGCACUCCAGACUGUCCCAAAUGUUACCAAGACAGGAUUGAAACCUGUCUUCAGGAUGAAUCUGAAUCUGGUCACAUGCCUCAUGUUCGUCCUCAUAACAUCACUGAUGAAUCACGAGCUCAUAUCUGCACACAACCAAAGUUUGCAAAGAUCCCAGUCUCUAAUUUCUCAUCAGCAGAAAUUUUAACCAAGCCCUACCGUCACAGUAAGGAAGCUGGUUUAAGCCUGUGUGUGGACAGAGACCACCCAAAAGAGAAGUUAGACUUGCAUGUUCUGACAGAGAAAGUGAUGCUUGAUGUGAUUCAUUUUGCCCAAAAACUGUGCGGAGCAGAAACUGUGAUCAUUCAUGAUGUUCUUGAGCACAACUUCAAUUUGACACAGAAUCACAUUGAAGAUCUGACUCGACAUUUCUGUGACAGAAUGAGAGCAAACAUUGAGGAGCUCGCCUGGUUCAAUGAAGUUGUUGAGCUUGAUAAAUCUCCUUCCGAAGCUCACCAAAACGAAAGUGAUGGUUGCUUUGAAAAAGUAUCCAGUUGUGAGGGUGCUUCCCAUUUCAUGGCCACUGAUGAUUUACCCAUUUCACCUGUCAACACAGAUGUGAGUUCACCAUCGUCAGAUGUACCUGAAGAAGUCAUGAUGCAAGAAAGUGAAACAGAAGACGAGACCCUCCAAAAUAUUCCAAACAAAUCUGACAUGAAACAUGGGGAAAUGGAAGCAGAGACCAACAUGUGGAAGUUUCGUUCCAUUUAUGUUAAAAAAAUUUUACUUGCUCUUUCGACGGAGCUUUCCCGACAGUGGAGGUUGGGACUUCUCGAGUUUGAUGUUGCAUCUGGGCCGCCCAGAAACGCCAGUCCAAAACUAUUGACAUCUUCUGUUCUGUACAAAGUUGUUCAUUUUGCAUUAGCAAUGAGUUCAUCCCAGCAGAAUGUCCUUGUGGAUAUUCUAGAAUACAACUUUAACUUAGGCCUGCAGAGUGAACACCAGAAAAUAACAUUUGCACGUGAAGUCAUGAAAAGAGUACAGGAAUUAUUGUCCCGUGACGACAGAGAUAACAUUUUGAAAGAGGUGUUUGUUUUGCCAGGUUCUCUGUCAUUCAGUCAUGUGAAGUGUGAGAGUGAUGACAGUGUUGAUUCUGAACCUGAAACUUCACAGACAGCUUCAGACCUUUAUCCAUUCUGCAAGAAGAUUGGUUUGAAGCUCAAUGUGAGUUUCUGUCACCCAGAUAAAAAGCUUGAACUCCACAAACUGACCAACGGAGCAGUGAUUGAGGUUGUGAACUUUGCAGAAAAAUUGUGUGGAAGCUACGAGCAGAUUUGUGUUGAUGUCCUGCGGCACAACUUUGAUCUUGAUUCGCAGAUAUCAGAUUCUGAUCUUGCUCAAAAUAUUCUUUCACAGGUUCCUUUUGCCAUUGAGGAAACUAAUCUUCGAUAUUUUUGCAGAAAAAUGCAGCUUGCGACCAGAAUCGAUUUAAAUGUCAUGGCCUCUCAGAGGAACACAUCUUCACAAACAUGCACUAUGAGUUCAGUUAAAGCAGAGAUGAACCAGCGUGCAAGUCAACCCGGUGACGUUGAAGCACAAAAUGAUCCAGAGUUGCUGUUGUGGAAACUACGAGCCAACCGAGUUCAGCAAAUCCUCUCAGUGCCCCACAAAGACCAGUGUCCACUUUACUCUUACAGCAGAUGUAAGACAUUAGGCAUUGAUUUUGAUGUGGGAUCUGGAUUGAAACGUCAUCUUGAUCCAAAACUGUUGACCUAUGGCAUCAUGUGUGAAAUUGUAUCUCUUGCCACAAAACUUGGGUCAUCCACAAUGGAUUUCAUGACGAAGAUUUUGCAGUAUAAUUUCAAUGUGCAAUUCAACAAUGUGCUUUACCACAAAGUUGUUGAUAAACUGAAAAUCAAUGAGUUGGAUCAGACGACACCCUCAGUCAUGCUUCUGAAAUCCCAGUUUGAGCUGCCAGAUGAGAGAUUCAUUCAUGAUGUUGAACCAGUUGUCUUCAAAGGUCUACAACAUGGUUACUUUUGUCCUGCCAAUUGUUCCCUUCCCAUGACAAAUGUUGCCUCUGCUCAUGCAAACCACGAGGAAAAGAAAUCUGCAGUUGCUCCAAUAUCCACUUUCCCGGCAACAGAGGUGAUAACAAAGCAAUACCAUCACUCCAAGAAAGCAGGUGUAAGCCUGUGUGUGGAUAACGCUCACCCAAAGGUGAAACUGGACAAAUGUGUACUUACAUGUGGAGUAAUGCAGGAUGUGUACAAAUUUUCAAAAAAACUUUGUGGAACAAGGUUGAGAAUUGUUAAUGAUAUUCUUGAACACAACUUCGACUUGGACCAUCAGAGUCAUGUGGAAAAUAUUGCCCAUCGUUUUUAUGGCAGACUCAGCUCAUAUAAUGGAGAGCCUGACUGGUUUAAUAAACUCUUGGUUAUCAAGCCCAAGCCCAGAGAAUUGAAAUGGAAAGAACCACCUCCUGUGCGCAGCAGUGAAAGGAGGGAAUCAUCUCAAAGACGGAAACAGGAUAUGCAAAAAGUGAAGGAGCUGAUUGCUCAGAGACAACAAGCAAAACAGAUGGUGGAAAACAUUGGUUCUCAUCACAGUGAUUUGAACAGCAGUCAGUCAGGAGAAGACUACAUGUGCCCUCUGGAAGAGGACAGAGAUUCAGAAAAAUAAAAUAAAAUAAAAGGCAGGUGGCAGGUGAUGAAGAUGAGGAACAGGGCGCCCCAGCCCUGCAUGUUUAAAGAGUUCAGUGGAAAUAUGUAUUUGACAGAAUAUCCUUCUGGAAAAGUUGAUGUCGAAGACGAGCCACAAAUGUAAGCUAUCCAGGAUUAUGUCCUGUCUGCACCACAAGUGUCUGAUACACACCGGAAUGUCAUUUUAGUAUUCAGACCAGUCCAUGAUGGAAACAGUAUCCAGCUUGAACACUAUGCAGUGUCAACCUCUGUAAUGCUCAGUGGUGAUAAUCAAAGAGGAGGAGCAACAGAAUGUGCCAGAUGAAUGAUGCUAUUGUGAGUCAAUGCAACGUCAAGUCGACAUCAAGUGUUAAUGUAAAAAGUUUACACAGCCCGCAGGUAUGAAAAUGUGUGAGCAGCAGAGUGAACGGUCUGGAAUUUCUUUCAUCUUUGUAAGAUUUAGUGUGAUUGAGAAAAACAUGUUGAAUACUCAGUUUCAGAGUUGUUUGUUGUUUUGAGUUUGUGACGGUGAAAGAUUGCGUUCAUGAGGCCUUACCAGCAGUUGGAUCGUUGUGAAAAGCUGUGACAGUUAAUCAAAUAGAACUAUUACCACUGUAAAGAUUUCAGUUCAUGUCUGCUUUGUUCUUUUUCUUUUUUUUUUUUAUUUGUCACCAUUAACGACAAGUAACCAUGUAAAUUCUGGUUUCAUUUUGAAUUUGUAAAAAUUGUGAACCAAUUAUUCUUUUUUUAUUGAAGGGUGUGUCUAUGCUUCUUGGUUAUGUGUGUGGCUUUAUUUUGAAUAUUUUAGAAUUGAUGACUCUGUCUUUGAAUGAUUUUACUAUUCAUUUCUACGUUUUCGCAUUCAAUGUGAGUUUCUGUCACACAGAUAAAAAGCUUGAACUCAACAAACUGACCAAUGGAGCAGUGAUUUUUGCAUCUACAUUUCGCAUGUAUAUAUAUUGACCAAGUUAAUUGGAAUAUACAAGAUAAUUACAUGAUGAUUAUUACAAAGGAAAACUACAUGUUUAAAAGUUUUGAGGACAGUAACUUAAGUUAGAAGCUAAUUUAGUUGUCUUCAGAUUUGCUUUAUAUGCUAAGAUGACACCUGGGUUUUUUGGUUAGAUCAUAAUUUGUAGAUUCACUUUACCUCUGUACGGCUUUUAAAAAGGUCAUAUCACCGUCUUUCGUGCUGCAGACACCCAGGUCAGGGUGUAUCUGUUUGUAGUAAAUGCAGUAAAGUAUCGAGCUCAGACCAUUUGUAUGAUUGAAAAAAAAUGUUAUAUUGUGUGAUAUAAAUGUUAUAUAAUAGUUUUUCUUCAUUGUUUUGGCUCAUUUCUUGAAACAAAUUACUUCGUCAGAACUCUAAGAUCUUUUGGCCAAGUAAUCCUAACAUUAUCAUUCACUGUGCAACAGCUCAUACUUUCCCAGAGCUGUUUUUUCUUCUUUCAAAAUGAAAUUUUUUUUCCCAUAUGAAUAGUCAGUGCCAUCAAAAUACAGAUGAGGCUCAUUUCUCAAACAGACCCAGUGUUCUCAACACUCUUUGUGCUUUUGUCAACGUAACCUGGAUGGUUCAGCUCAUCGCCACGGGUCACCUGCCAAAGCUGACGUCUCUUCCGGAAAGUGCAUCGUCCCGUUGUCAUUGUGUGACCACUGCAACUCAAAAUGUUGAGAUGUUUGGACAUUACAGCAGAGGACCGCUGAAAAAUUCCUCAUGUCCAACUCUGUCUGCUCCCAGUCCUCCAUUGACACUGUAAUGUCCUCACAUGCAGCGUCCAUUACAUGGAGCAGAGACCUCUGACUGUGAGCCUGAUGCUCAUCCACUCUCCACCUCAAAGCAGAGAAAAACUCUUCAAUUGGACAUAGGAAAGGCCAAAAGUUGAGUGGUUCCACAUUAUAGUAAGAGGAAUGAGAAUGUUUUCGGUUUUCCUCCACAUAUUCAAUGUACCACGGACCACUACUCCAGUGGUUGCCAUCCUGGAUUACAUGUAUCCUGUGACCUGCACAGAGGAACCACAGGAUUGUUUGAGAAAAAAACAACUCAGUAUUCUGAUUUCUGUGGGAGGUAAUUUCUUCUCCAACUCCUCACCUUUAGCAUGCAGGCCUGUUAUGAUGGUUGAUUAGUAUUAUUAUUUGUACAUUCUUUAUUUUUGUUAAGGGGUCAGAAGAAAGCAAAAAUCUUUUCUAUUUCCAGUUGUAAUUUGAUUAAACGUUUUUCUUAUUCCAGUU